AUGUACAUCGUGGCUGGUGAGCAGGCGACAGAGGGCCCCCACGCCAGAGCCCACCGCCCUCCUUGGCUUGGAAGACCCCAGACCCAAAGGAGAGGGCUGAUGAUCCACAGGCAGCGCCACCCCCACCCCCCGGGCGCCUGCGUUGGGAUGGCCCCUCCACGCACACACCCCAAAUUCUUGGCCGCGCCUCCUUGCACCCAGGGCCAAAGAGGUUUUUUCCGCCUGCCUGAAACCAAAAAAAUCACAGAAUUUUAGAGUUUGGAAGCACCCCAAAGGGAGAGGGGCUCCAUUUGAUUUUCUACAGGGGAAUCGCCUUCAUUAGACACCUUUAGGCGAAAAAGUUCCUUUUGCUGAUGGACGUCUGAUGCCCUUUUCAAAUGUAUUUUGGGGAUUCUUUUGUGUACGUUUUCGUUCUUAUUUUUAUUCUGUGUUUUGUGGUUUUUAUAUUGUGAUUUUAUGUUGUGAACCGCUCAGAGAUCUAUGGGAAUAGGGCCGUAUACACAUUUAAUUAACAAGAACAAGAACACCACCAGCAAUUUCCUGGCUCUGCUGGGAAACCAAAGCGGCUACAGUGCUCCUCUUCCGAGGCCCUUCUCCAUGGAUGGAAAAGAGAGUGCCACUGAGCUGCUACAGAGUGCUUUCCCUUAAGCACCUGUCUUUCCCCAAAGAAUCCCGGGAACUGUAGUUUGUUUCGGGUGCUGAGGUUGGAUGGCCACCUGUCAGGGGUUCUUCAGCUGGGAUUCCUGCAUUGCAGUGGGGUAGGUCUGGAUGACCCUUGGGGGUCCCUGCAAAGGGAAACCGAAGUUCCCGGGAUCUUUUCUUGGGAGAUAUGAGAGCUAUCUUCAAAUAUCUCAAGGGUUGUCUCAUGGAGCAAACUGGUUUUCUCCCGCUCCAGAGGGGAGGUCUUGAACCAAUGGAUUCAACUUACAAGAAAAAUUUGAACUAAACAUCAGGAAGGACUUCCUGGCAGUAAAACCCAUUUGGCAGCGGAGUGGACUCCUUUGCAUAGCUGUCAACUUUUCCUUUUUCUUGCGAGGAAUCCUAUUCGGAAUAAGGGAAUUCCCUUUAAAAAAGGGAAACAUUGACAGCUGUGCUCCUUUGAGAGGCGGUGACCUCUCUUUCCUUGGAGGAAUUUAAGCAGAGGUUAGCUGUCCACCUGUCAGAGAUUAUUUAUAAUAAUAAUAAUAAUAAUAAUAAUAAUAAUAAUAAUUUUGUACCUUGCCCAUCUGGCAGGGUUUCCCCAGCCACUCUGGGCAGCGGCUUCCAACAAAGAUUAAAAAUACAUUAAAAUGUCACACAUUAAAAACUUCCCUAAACAUGCCUUCAGAUGUCUUCUAAAAGUCAGACAGCUGUUUAUUUCCUUGACAUCUGGUGGGAGGGCAUUCCAUAGGCAGGGUGCCACCACCGAGAAGGCCCUCUGCCUGGUUUCCUGUGGCUUCGCUUCUUGCAGGGAGGGAACCUCCAGAAGGCCGUCAGCGCUGGACCUCAGUGUCCAGGCAGAACGAUGGGGGUGGAGACGCUCCUUCAGGUCUACUGGACCGAGGCAUUUCAGGGGGUUAGACUAGAUGACCCUCAGGGUCCCUUCCAACUCUACCAUUCUGUGAUUCUUUCCCACCCUUUGCCCAGCCCCCCAAGACAUUUUCCAACCACCUGGCACCCGGCAGCGGCUUCUGCAAGUGCUGAGAUUCCAAAGUGGCAAGAACAGGAGUGUUGUGUGUGCAUGUGUGAACCCGCCCUUGUUCUCCCGUUGCAGAAGGGGAGCUGAGCGUGACGCAGAAAGGACGCCAACUCCGCCGCCUGCUCCCGGGGGACGUCUUUGGGGAGCUGGCUGUGCUGUACAACUGCCGGCGCACGGCCACCGUCACAGGUAAGGCAGUCUGCAUGCGUGUGUGUUGGGGGGGUUGUCCCUGGGACCCUCCUUGCCCCCUUCUGCCCCUGACACCAGCUGUGGCUGCUCUUGACCCCUUGGAGUGGGUCAGGCCACCCUGCCCUUUCCCACCCACAUGUCCCACUGCAACUUUCCUGGGUGUCUGGGAGGGAUUUUCUGAAUCCUGCUCUCUCCAGAUGGCAGGAGGUGCAUAGGGGUCUGCAACCUUUUCCAGCCGGGGGCCGGUCCACCGUCCCUCAGACCAUGUGGGGGGCCAGACUAUAUUUUGAAAAAAAUAAUGAACGAAUUCCUAUGCCCCACAAAUAACCCAGAGAUGCAUUUUAGAUAAAAGGACAUGUAAAAAUAUACUGAUUCCCAGACCGUCCGUGGGCCAGACUGAGAAGGCGAUUGGGCCGGAUCCAGCCCCCAGGCCUUAGGUUGCCUACCCCUGUGUAAGAGCAAGAGAAGAGCUGGCUGGAUCAGGCCAAUGGCCCAUCUAGCUGUUUCCGUUUCAGCUGUAAGCCUCCUUGACUCCGUGUCGGGGGAAAAGGUGGGAUAUAAGUAAAUAUCAGCAUCAUCUAUCUCAGCAACUUGUUCUCACAGUGGCCAGCCAGAUCCCGGCAAGCAGGAUCUGGUCCUCUUGUGCCUUUCAGCAACUGGGAUUCAACUGAGGAGGCACAGUAUAGCUGUUAUUAUGGGUUUUGAUAUUGUGAUUUAAUAAUAAUAAUACAGUGGUGCCCCGCAAGACGAACGCCUCGCAAGACGAAAAACCCGCUAGACGAAAGGGUUUUCCGUUUUGGAGGCGCUUCGCAAAACGAAUUUCCCUAUGGGCUUGCUUCGCAAGACGAAAGCCCAUAGGGAAAUCUCCGGUCCGCGAAGCCUGGGCGCGCUGAUCUCAGCGCGCGCAGGCUUCGGCAUGCCGGCAACUCUCCGCGAGCAGCGGCAGCGCUGCCGCUGCUCGCGGAGAGGUCCGCGAAGCCUGGGCGCGCUGAUCUCAGCGCGCGCAGGCUUCGGCAUGCCGGCAACUCUCCGCGAGCAGCGGCAGCGCUGCCGCUGCUCGCGGAGAGGUCCGCGGAGCCUGGGCGCGCUGAUCUCAGCGCGCGCAGGCUUCGGCAUGCCGGCAACUCUCCGCGAGCAGCGGCAGCGCUGCCGCUGCUCGCGGAGAGGUCCGCGAGCCUGGGCGCGCUGAUCUCAGCGCGCGCAGGCUUCGGCAUGCCGGCAACUCUCCGCGAGCAGCGGCAGCGCUGCCGCUGCUCGCGGAGAGGUCCGCGAGCCUGGGCGCGCUGAUCUCAGCGCGCCCAGGCUUCGGCAUGCCGGCAACUCUCCGCGAGCAGCGGCAGCGCUGCCGCUGCUCGCGGAGAGGUCCGCGGAGCCUGGGCGCGCUGAUCUCAGCGCGCGCAGGCUUCGGCAUGCCGGCAACUCUCCGCGAGCAGCGGCAGCGCUGCCGCUGCUCGCGGAGAGGUCCGCGGAGCCUGGGCGCGCUGAUCUCAGCGCGCGCAGGCUUCGGCAUGCCGGCAACUCUCCGCGAGCAGCGGCAGCGCUGCCGCUGCUCGCGGAGAGGUCCGCGAAGCCUGGGCGCGCUGAUCUCCGCGCGCGCAGGCUUCGGCAUGCCGGCAACUCUCCGCGAGCAGCGGCCGCGCUGCCGCUGCUCGCGGAGAGGUCCGCGAAGCCUGGGCGCGCUGAUCUCAGCGCGCGCAGGCUUCGGCAUGCCGGCAACUCUCCGCAAGCAGCGGCAGUGCUGCCGCUGCUUGCGGAGAGGUCCGCGAAGCCUUGGCUGGACAGCUUUUGAAGGCAGGUGGGGGACAAAGACUUUCGCCCCGCCAACCUUCAGAAGAGGUCCAGGACCUCUUCUGAAGGCUGGCGGGGGCAAAAGUCUUUGUCCCCCUGCCUGCCUUCCCAGGGGCUUUAAUUGCCCCGGACAGCGGAGAAGUCCUCCGCUGUCCCGGGGCAAUUUUAAAAUGCCGCCCGCCAGCAUUUUAAGAUCGCCUCGGACAGCGGAGAAGCUCUCCGCUGUCCCGGGUUUUUAAAAUGCUGGGGGUGGGAAGAAAAGCCCUUGUCCCCCCCAGCCUUCAGAAGAGGUCGGGGACAGACUGUCCCCGGACCUGGUCUGAAGUCGGCUCCCUAGGAACGCAUCACUGAUUUUCAAUGCAUUCCUAUGGGAAACCGUGCAUCGCAAGACGAAAAACUCGCAAGAAGAAAAAACUUGCGGAACGAAUUAAUUUCGUCUUGCGAGGCACCACUGUAAUAAUGAUAAUAAUAUAAUGAUGAUUUGUUAUUUAUACCCCACCCAUCUGGCUGGGCUUCCCCAGCCACUCUGGGCAGCUUCCAACAAAAUAUUAAAAUACAGUAAUGCAUCAAACAUUAAAAGCUUCCCUGAACAGGGCUGCCUUCAGAUGCCUUCUGAAAGUCAGAUAGUUCUUUAUUUCCUUGACAUCUGCUGGGAGGGUGUUCCACAGGGAGGGCGCCACUACCGAGAAGGCCCUCUGCCUGGUUCCCUGUAACCUCACUUCUCACAGGGAGGGAACCGCCAGAAGGCCCUCGGAGAUGGAUCUCUGUGUCCAGACUGAACGAUGGGGGUGGAGACGCUCCUUCAGGUCUACUGGGCUGAGGCCAUUUAGGGCUCUAAAGGUCAGCAUCAAUACUUUGAAUUGUGCCCGGAAACAUACUGGGAGCCAAUGUAGGUCUUUCAAGACCGGUGUUAUAUGGUCUCAGCGGCCGCUCCCAGUCACCAGUCUAGCUGCCGCAUUCUGGAUUAGUUGUAGUUUCCGGGUCACCUUCAAAGGUAGCCCCACAUAGAGCGCAUUGCAGUAGUCCAAGCAGGAGAUAACCAGAGCAUGCACCACUCUGGCGAGACAGUCUGCAGGCAGGGAGGGUCUCAUCCUGCGUACCAAAUGUUGUGACCUGCCCGGGUGUAGGGCAGAAUACAAAUUUAAUAAAUAAUGAUAGUAAUCCUGGCUGCUAGCCAUGGGCCGCUCUCUCUUCCUCCACGAAUCUGCCUGAUCGUCUCUUACAGCCGUCCCGGUUGGAGUCCAUGGGUUUCCCCAGUGGGAGGGAGUUCCACAGUUUCACUCCGCGCUGCAUGAACAAGUCGUUCCUUUUGUCGGAUCCCCUGAGUAGAUCAGGGGAUGUGUGGUGCCGAGGGCAUCAUCCGUGGCCGCAGCUGCUCUUCCCUGAAAAGGUUUAAUUAAGAGAAUAAUAACCAGAAUAAUAACCCAAACAGGGCACGUCAUCCCGGCUCCUGCGGCGCCUUAAAAAAUGAACAAAUAUAUUGAGGCAGAAGCUUUUGUGCCCCAGAUACCACUCAAGUUUUUUAAUGCACUACAAAAGUGGGAGUGUGAGGCUUUUAUGUAAUAACUUGACGGUAGCAGCUCCUCAUAACACGGAGCAGCUGGGGAAACGGUUUCCACUUAUCUGAAAUAAUUAGGCUGAGAGCCGGGAGGGAACCAAGUGUUGGGUAAGACUUGACCCACUUAGCAAGCCCCCCGCCCCCCGCAUUAGCGGUGGGCCUGCCCCAAGUGGGUCUCUGCCCUGGGCAGCCAUCCCUGCCCACCAGUGUCGGCUUUCUUGCCUGUUUGGGGCCCAGGAGGCGGGCAAAUUCCUCCAUGGGUCCUGCCUUUGCCAGCCAGCCGACUGGGGCAUCCUUGUCCUGUUGCCAUGGCGAUGAUACAAUGGCAUCCUCUACCUAUUGAACAGAGGCUGCAUCAGCCUCCCCUGUUUCUCCCGUCCCUCGUGUCUCCGGAAGAUUGCUGGGGGGGGGGGAUCAGAAACAUUGUGGGGGGGAGGCACUGCUUUUUAAGUUCCAGCCCUUGGCUUUAGUUCCGGAACGAAGACUUUCCGGUGCCAUGUUUAUCAUCCAUCCGAAGCAUGGCAGGCCUCUUGCGAUGCAGCGUGCUGCCAGUCGAGAUGCGACGGUGGGUUUUUUUUGAGAAAGUUAAUGGCAAAAGAGCUGCCCACGCCGCGUCUUGGAAAUUGCCGUUCCCUUCCGCAACACCCUCGCGUGCAUUUAUGACAUUGGCAUGUGACAGUUGCGCUUUGUGAGGAGUGGGGAGAGGCGCAUGGUGAAGCAGGGGGCAUUCCCACCCCGGGCAGGUAUCGGGGCAAGGGAUGUGGGCAGCCGGGCCCCUUGGCUCACUGGCGUGUGGGUCGUGGGGGCGCCUCUGAAAGGCAGCCGUGCGUCUGAAUCCCAGUUUCUGGAAACUGCAGGAGAGGAGAUGCCGCUUGCAGGUUUCCCUUUGUGGCAUCUGGUCGGCCACAGUGAGAACAGGGUGAUGGAGUGGAUGGGGGCACCGUUGCCCUGGCUCCCGGUGGAGUCCAGGGUCAGGUUUAAGGUACUGGUUUUAACCUUUAAAGCCCUAUACAGCCCAGAAACCUCAUACCUAUGGGACCGCCUCUCCUGGUAUGCCCCACAGAGGACCUUACGGUCUUCAAACAUAAACAUCUUGGAGGUCCCGGGCCACAGGGAGGUUAGGCUGGCCUCAACCAGAGCCAGGGCUUUCUCGGCCGCGGCUCCAAUCUGGUGGAACGCUCUGUCACAAGAGACCAGGGCCCUGUGGGACUUGACAUCUUUCCGCAGAGCCUGCAAGACAGAGCUGUUCCACCAGGCCUUUGGCCAGGGAACAGCCUGACCCCCUCCUUUUGUAAUCCUCACAGAACUCCAGCCCAAUGGUUGCCAUUAAUUUGAUUUGAACUGAUUUCAUAAUAAAUUGAUUUUAGAAUGCUGUAUUAUUUUACUGUUGUUAGCCGCUCUGAGCCUGGCUUUGGCUGGGGAGGGUGGGAUAUAAAUAUAUUAUUAUUAUUAUUAUUAUUAUUAUUAACCUCCAGCUCCAGAGGCAGUCUACCAAGAUUCCUAGAACCAGCAGGCUCUCUAAGCUAUUCAGCCGCACAUUUUCUUCAGGGGGCUGCUUGCCUCUUCUUGCUUUCCGAACGGGGCCAGUGCAGAGUUGCCUGGCAAGGAGGGGCUUAGAUGUCCGGGGGGGGGUCGGGGUCUCCUGUCUCCUCAAUGCAACCCCAGCCCUGCUUUUCUCCCCCCAGCGCUCACCCUGGUGGAGUUAUGGGCCAUCGACCGGCAGACGUACCGCACCAUCAUCACCGAGAAUGCCAAGCGGCAGAGGGCAGAGGUGCUGGCCGGCCUGCGGAGGUGAGUGUGGCCAGGGAGCCCCCCUUGGCUGUCCCAAGCAGGAAUCUGGUGCUCCCUUCUCUGGGCAAACCUGUUGUGAAACCUCUCUCUCUCUCUCAAAAAACACACAAUCGCACACCUCCUUCUUCCGCAGCGCCCAUCAUGGGGUCUGGUUGCUGCCUGCCUGGGAUGGUGUGGGGACAGAGGACAAACCAGUGGCCUGAGGGCAGAUGGGCUCCCUUUAGGGCUUGAGAACUGACUGCCCAGUGAAGAGAGGGCACCUCUGAGCAUGCAGCGAGUGUGUUUCCUCGCCACAUUUGGGCAACCCCACCUGGUGUUGGGGCUUGCAGGCUGCCUUUGGCCUGGGGGAUUCUUUUGUUGCGAUUCCUGCGUCCUAGCGGGUUGGACUAGAUGACCCCUGAGGGCCCCUUCCGACUCUAUGAUUCCACGUCUGGGAUAUCCGGGGCAUUUCUGUUUUCUCUUCCAGGGUGAAGCCUCUCCAAGGCCUGUCAGAUGCCGCCCUGUCCCAGCUGCUGGACUCUGCAGAGGAGGUAACAAGGGCUGCUCCUUCUCUUGGGCAGGAGGAGCCUGUUGCUUCAGGGGGUGGGCAGAGGAGGGGGGGGUGGCACAGAAGGCCUGGCCUUGGCAUGUCCAGGGCCUCCUUUGCCACUGUCAAAUGCCCAGUAGGAUUCAGCUGCUGCUCCAUCUGGCUCUGGGCAUCAAAUGUUGGGUGCGGGGGGCCUCUGCUACUGGCCUGGCCUGGGAGGUCAGUGCCCUGCUCUGCAGCUUGUGGUCUCCAGUACCAAGACGGAUGGGCAGUGGGCACACAGACUCUGCUUCUCCUUCCCCUCUCUCUGUGCAUAGCUAUUUCUUCAUUUCAUAAAAGAAAUAAGGGGGGGAAACAACCUCAGAGCAGUUUAUAAAAAGAUUUUUAAAAUCCAGAAAAAUCUACAACAAUACUUUAAAAUACCAAAAGUUAAAUCACUAAAACAACAAAAAUUCACAGCAACACGAGAACAGGGCCUUCUUUGCAGUGGCUCCCCAUUUGUGAAAUGCUCUCCCCAGGGAAGCUCACUUGGCAACUUCUUUAUACACCAGGCAAAACCGUUCCUCUUCAACCAGGCCUUGGGCUGAUUGACAUCCUAUAUCCUUUUUAAAGUGUGUGGGGGACCGGGAGUUAUUGAUUUGUUCUGUUUUUGUUCUUUAUUUGCAUCUGGGUGAGUUGGUCUAAUCAAGAAUAGGCAUCAAAAGGAGUACAGUGAAGGCGUCUGUUUAGCGUCAAGGGGCAGGGAGUUCCACAGGCACUUACGAAGGUGGAAUGGGUAUUCCGUGGCACCUGUGGCAGCUCCAAAGCCACCGAUCGAAGAGGCCAAGUGGGGCUCACAUGUGGGGUGAGGCGACCUUGUGGGUAAACUGGUGCCCCGUUGCAGCAUCCCUUUCUCUGCCCCCUCCAGCGCACCUUCGCCCAGGAUGAAAUGAUCAUCCAGGAAGGAGAUGAGGGGAGGACCUUUUUCUUCAUUCUCAGUGGACAGGUGGGUCCCAGUUCGUCCUUGCCCCCCCACUCCACCCCAGAGUUUUUUGAAGAGGGAAUGCCCAGUGCCAACUCCCCACAACUUCACUGACAUCCUUCCACAUGUGUGGGGCUGAGGGUGUGCCUCUCAAGAGCCCCAGAACCUCCCCCCCCCCAGCCUCUGCCCCAGCUGGGCUCUUGCAUGUGUGCUCUGGCAGGGUCGAGAGUCUCUGCAUUUCGGGGGCUGGACUGGAUGACCCUCGGAGGUCCCUUCCAAAGAGCAGCAGGAUAGCCAGGCCUCCUGCAGUGACCUCCAGGGCAGUCCCUGGCCAGCCACAUCCAUGCCAGGGCGACCUGAGGGGUGGGGAGAGGACUGCCCCCCUCCCCGACCAUGGGGCAGCAGGGAGCUGGGGAGGCCAGCCACACACCUGCCCAGUCUCCUUCAUGCCCUCUCUGGGACCCGCAGGUGGAGGUGACAAGGAGCGUGGAGGGGAAAGAGGAGCACAUCCGAGUCCUGAAGGCCGGGGACCACUUUGGGGAGCUGUCCCUCAUCCGGUAAGCCAGUGGUUUUCAACCCGUGUUCCUUCUUGGCGCCCUUGGGUGCCCUAAAUGAUGGUCAGGGGUGCUGCAGGCAACUCUGGCCUCUGUUGUAGCGUUCCCAAAGCAAGGAAGGAUUGGACUCUGGUUAAUAAAAUACACAGGAGGCUUGACCAGCAAGACUCUGGGAGGAAGUGCCAAUAAUAAUAAUUCCCCUCCACUCCUCGGCCCAGGUCAUUUUAUUCACAAAAGAACUUUGUACACAGUGUUUGUAAGAACCAAUCAGAUUUCCUCUGAGCAUUUCAAAAAACCCCACAUGGGGACAAAGUUAAAGUUAAAACUACAAAGAGCUAAUUUGAGCAUGCAUAUGUAGUUCAGAGUAAAGAAAAGAGGAAACAAAGAGGAAUGCUUUUAGGAAACCCCGGAGGUCAUAAACAGGAGUGGAAGGAUGGCAGUAUAUACCAUCUCCUUGUGAACUCUCUUCCUGGCCCUUAAGAUCUAUCUAAAGAUUCACAAACUACAUCCAAGCUUCCUUCUGUCUUUAUGACCCAGGAUGCCUGAUGAAGCAACUGGCCUGUGUUUCAGAAUGCUUAUAUGUGCCUGUCAGGCGUAGAGAAAGCAAAUGGCAGAGGUGCAGAGGCUUGUUGAAAACCUUUGCGGUAAGCGGUCAAGCAGGGGGGUUGGUGGCCCUCUGUUUUGAAGAGGACCCACCUUCCUGGCAGGCCGUUGUGAAUAAAGCCACAGGUAAAGGUAAAGGGACCCCUGACCAUUAGGUGCAGUCGUGACCGACUCUGGGGUUGCGGCGCUCAUCUUGCUUUACUGGCCAAGGGAGCUGGCGUACAGCUUCCGGGUCAUGUGGCCAGCAUGAGUAAGCUGCUCCUGGCGAACCAGAGCAGCGCACGGAAAUGCCGUUUACCUUUCCACCACAGCGGUACCUAUUUAUCUACUUGCACUUUGACGUGCUUUCGAACUGCUAGGAUGGCAGGAGCUGGGACCGAGCAACGGGAGCACACCCUGUCGCGGGGAUUCGAACGGCUGACCCUCUGAUCGGCAAGUCCUAGGCUCUGUGGUUUAACCCACAGCGCCCCCCCCCCCUAAAAAUAUCCCUGGCGUAGACUUAAUUCUUGUCUUUUUCUCUCCCUGGGAACGGCCUUCUCUGCUUCUUCUCCUCGCUUGCAGCAACAUCCGCCGGACAGCCAGCUGCCGGGCCCAGGAGGAGGUCACCUGCAUAGCCAUUGCCAAGGAGUAAGCCAGGAUCCGGUUGAGCCUGUCUGUGGGGAGGAGGGAGGAGCCGAGGGGCUGCUUGGGGUCAUCCUCACAUUUCAGGAGGGUCCCUCAUCCAUGUGCACCAAAGUGGAUGGUAUCACGCCCUGGGGAUUCCCUGGGGGGUGCUAGGAGGGAAGGGGGCAGCAGGCGGGCGCUGGAGGUUUAAAUGAGUACCAGGCUUUGUAAAACUGGUAUCACGGAACUGAGUUCAUCCGUUUUGUCGAGUUAAAUUAAGUACUUUGAAUUGGGAUUUCGAUAAAUGCGCAAUUAAUUGUUACUGCUUUGAAUUCCACUGUGCUAGUACCUUCCUUAGUGGGCCGUGCAAACUGCUGUUCUUCUGAAUAAUGCUUUUUAAUAGGGUCGGGGGCACUGGGGAUGAGUUUAUGGAGCCAAGGGGAUGGGGGCUUGAAAACCUUUGGGAGCCUCUGAGCUUAUAGCAGUUCCCCAAAUGGCGCAGCUCUCAGCUAUUUGCAUGGAUGGGUGUUUGAAACUCAGUCAGAAAACUGAAGGUCAAAGGUCUCUGGACUCCCAAAUCAGCGUUUGCCUUCAACCCUGACUGCCAGGAAGGAGCUGAGAACCAGCGCCCCCUUUGGCCUUCCUGGUGGCAGGUCUGCACCUGAGCCCAGGUGGGCCUCCAAGCGGAUCUCAAACUGACAUCUCCUCUCUCUCCUGCCUUUUCCCACAGGGACUUUCAGGAACUGAGCCCAAUGUGCAGCCAAGAGACGUAAGUAUGUGGCUCCCCUUUAAAGGGGCUUCCAUGAGGAAGGAGAUGCAUUCCUGUCCUCCUUCCUCUCUCCGUAUCAAGACCACUCCCCACCCAAAUCUGGGGUCCCCUGGCCCUCGGUGUGUAGAAGCUGCAGGCAAACACAACCUGUCUUUGGGGUUCAGCAAGACUUUGCAGGAGGAGAUUCUGGCCCCUGUUUCUCUUUCUUUCUUUCUUUCUUUCUUUCUUUCUUUCUUUCUGUCUUUCUGUCUUUCUGUCUUUCUGUCUUUCUGUCUUUCUGUCUUUCUGUCUUUCAUUCAUUCAUUUUCUUUGAUGCUGAAAAUCAUGCUCAAAUUGCGAAUCAGAAACACAACCAAACCGUGCAAGAAGCCAUUUCGUAAUAACACAGCAAAACAACACAAUGGCAAAUGCAAUAGCAUACGAAAAAACAUGUUUCAAUACUAGAAAUAUACCAAGGUUACAUAAGCAACAUCCAGCAUUCAAUAGGCAAAAUAAUAAGGGGGCUUGAGAGACGGAAAGAUGUGGCUCCCAGUCCCUCUCCUCCAGCAGGCGCUUGGUCUUGCCUACAUGCUCUUCGUUCUCCCCCCAAAACAUACAGUAUUUUAUUGUUUUCCCUUAUUUAUACAAGAAGCAACAAUCAAUAUUCAGCAAUCCCACCCACUCCCAGCAGAAGCACCAAAUGUCUGUUUAAUUGCGUUUAAUUUCCAAAUCGAUGUGGUUUUCAAACAAAGGCCUCGUUCCACAAGUUGCCAUGUGUCCUCAGAGGCCCAUCGCCAUGUUCUGUUGUUGUUGCGGAAUCUAAUAAAACUAUGUCAGGUGGAUGGGAAUGUGGCUUGGGCUGUUGAACUCUCUCAGAUGGUGGAUACUGAGUCCCGGGGUUGGGAGGUCUGCAUUUAGGGUCUUCCGAUACCGUGCAAGGGGGUGUUUGGGGCCUCUGACCCCUUUCCGGCUGCCCCGUCCUUCAGGCAGGACCUGGGAUGGGGGUUCCUCCUGUGGAAUUGGGUGGGCUCUGCCUGCGGGGUCCCAUCAAGGUCCUUCCUCUUCCUUGCUUAAACCAAGGGUUCACCCGAUGCCCCAGUCCAGGAUCCUGUCAUGCCCCUUGAGCUGUGGUGGCAUCCCAGAGCAACUCAUUCCUAUCCCAAUUUCUCCUCCAAGGAGCCACGCAUGGCUCUCCCCUUCCUCAUUUUAUCCCCACAACGACCCUGUGAGGGAGGUUAGGCUGAGAGAGGCAGCGACUGGCCCAAGUCACCCCCACUGAGCUUCAUGGGGAUUUGAACCCUGGUUUCUCCCAGCUUCUAGUCUGGCGCUCUAACCGCUACACCACACUGCCAAGACGAAUGGGCUCAGUCCCUUUGGUGGAUGUUGCCAAGAGGUAGAGUCCAUCUGAGAACUGCUUAAGUGACCCUCGGUCGGUAGAGCACGAGACUCUUAAUCUCAGGGACGUGGGUUUGAGCCCCAUUCCUGCAUUGCAGGGGGCUGGACUAGAUGACCCCCCGAGGUCCCUCCCAACUCUGCAUUCCUAUGAUUCUGUGACCCGAUUUCUGCACUUUGCCUGUGUACUCAUUCACCCCCUUUGGGACAGAGCGGUCUCUUUGGAGCCCUAGAGGACGACGACUCGCUUGACCCGGGAAGAGGCUGGGGGAAGAGAGUCGCCAAUAGUUAGGAAGGGUGGCUUGGGGGGGGCUCCUUUGGGCCUGGGGGUGUUUGCGGGCGCAUGUUUGGGAAGAGCUGGGAGGGUUGGGAAGGGACCUUUCAUUUGGCUGAUUUCGCCUUUUCUUCCCCCUCCCCGCAGGGAAACGGCGGCGCAGGAGGCUCCCCCCUUCUCUGAGCCCAGACGGUCAGUGCUCAAACUCCUGCGGUUUGGGUGGGGGCAUCAGGGCUGAUGGGGGCCCCUGUGGUGGUCCAGGGAGCCCAGAUGCGGAGAAAGAAAGAAGCCCACAUUUUGGACUAGAUUGACCCCUUGGACCCCUUCCAACUCUACCGGGCAGCAGCCAGGCCCUUUGCCCUCUGUCCAGGUGGGCAGCGCCAGGGCAGCUUCCCCCUGCCUGGCCACCUUCUCUCCAUGUUCCUGAGCCUGGGCAGGUGCCUUCCCUUGCCUGGCUAGUGGCCAGCCCUCUGGGGUUGCCUGUUUUUGAAAGACCCCCUCCACAGCAAGGUGGGAUCCCUUGCUGGAGGGAAGCGACAGAGCAGCUGUUUUUCAUCCUGACCUCCAGCCAAGCUCGGCAUCUGCGGGUCGGGCCAAGCAGACAGACACCUUGAAGCCCUGGAGUGGCAUUGCUGCCAGUCGGUGUCAGCACUGUUGAGCUCAAGGGACCUGGCUCUGCUGAGCUGUCUCUGCUCCUGUGUCUCUUCUGAGUCUGGGGCGCCACUGCAGGGCUGGUGGCAGACGUGGGGAAGGGCUUGGCAAGGGGUCAGCGACGGGCCCACAAGCAGGGGCACUGGCAACUGCCCUUCCCAGGGGCUGGGCGUCAGGGGCAUAGCUGUUCCAGCUAGCCAUGGUGGCAACGAGAGCGAGGGACCUCCUCAUUUCCCACGCAGAAGAGGGACCUGAAUCUUCACCCCCCAGGGAGGGAAAGUCUCCAGCAAGAUUUCGUGGCUGCUGGGCACCCAGUCUCUCUCUCUCUCUCUCUCUCUCUCUCUCUCUCUCUCUCUCUCUCUGCAGGGGGUCCUUCCUGGAGGGAGCUCAGAACCCCCUGCAGCUCCAGGACCUCCUACCUGUUUUCUACGAAGAUGGGGAUCAGCGAGGGAAGCCAGUCAUCUUGGGCACUGGGGGCUUUGGCACCGUGGAGCUGGUAAGGCCUGGGGGGAGGAAUGCGGGUAAAAGCGUAUUAGGAAAUGAUGAAGAAUGAAUUGGGAAAAAAUGUUUAAAAGUACUUCCCCCCCCAAAAAACUGAGUCUUUUCUGAUGGGGAUAAUUCAGACUGAAAUUCCCAGGUGUCAAAAAAUGGUUGUUUAUGUAUGCUACUACUGCGGCCCGUGUUUUGUUAGCCCAAAAGUGGAAAAUGAACGAGGUCCUAACCAAAGAAGAGUGGCAACUUUAACUGAUGGAAUAUGUGCAGCUUGCAGACUUAACUUAUAGAAUAAGAGAACAAGAAGAACAUACAUUUAGAGAAGAUUGGAAAACGUUUUUGCAUGGACAGUCAUAUCUCAUGUUACAUUUGCUUCAUGAUACGUUUUUUCAGGUUGCGUCCUGCGGCGACCUGGAAGUACCAGAAUGGGUUACUUCCGGGUUUCGCCGCUCGCACAUGCGCAGAUGCACAAAAUGACAUCAUGCGCAUGCACAGAAGUGGCGAAUUAUGACCCGCAUGUGCGUGUGCAGAGACGCGCCGCUGCAGGUUGCGUUCUAUUCAUGUUGUGAAUGGGCCUUCAGAACGGAUCCCGUUCGCAACCAGAGGUACCACUGUAUAGGAAAUAAUUGUGUACGGCUGAAAAAGUUGACAGCAUUAAGAUAAAUUCAACAGCGUAAAUACGUUUUGAUGGGUGCAAUAAUGGAAUAGUGAAUGGUGUAGUUUUUGUAAAAUAUGCAGGGAUUUAUGGUAUGUAAAAUGAACCACGGAAGAGAAGAAGGGAAGUCACAUAUCUUAAGGAUGUAAAAGUGAGUAUUCUAAAUUGUAAAAGAGAAUGAUAUACAAAGGGCUCCUUCCUUGGAGGGGUUCCAGCAGAGGUUGGGUGGGCAUCUGGCCAGCGGUUCUCCAGCUGUGACUCCUGCUUAUUGGACUGGAUGACCCUCAGGGUCCUUCCGACUCUACAGAUCUUUUAUUCUGCUCCUUCCUUUAUCCUUCCAUCAAAUGCCCGUCCUGGGCGAUGCCACCUUCAGUGCCCUGCUGGGGUCUGGCUGUGCCACCACCAGGGCGGGGACAAGAGAAAGAGCCUAAGAAGGGCUUGAUGGAUCCACCCAGUGGUCCAUCUGGUCCAGCAUCCUGUUCUCUCAGGGGCCGACCAGACGCCUGUCAGCAGGACCUGGGUUCAAGAGCCGCCCUGCCCUCCUGGGGUUUCCAGCAACUGGGAUUCAGAAGCUUGGCUGCCUCCUGGCUACCAGCCAUCGAUAGUCCUCUCUUCCUCUAUGAAUUUAUCCCAUCCUCCUCCCAAGCCAUCCAGGUUGCUGGUCCUCCCUUCCUCCUGCAGCGGGGAGUUCCAUCGUUCGCCAUGUGAAGAAGGACUUCCUUUCAUCUAUCCUGAAUCUUCCAACAAGGCUUGAAGAAUCCUAGAAUUUUCUGAUAAUUUAUUACGGUCGGAGACCAGCUUAUAAAACACACUCAGGGGUCCAAUCCCAGAAGGAAAACAAACAUUUAAAACAAUGUACAACAAUAAGUUUAAAAUUUAUAAAUGCGAUAAGCAUAUAGACACUUAAAACUUUAAGAUAAGCUACCGCAGAGAGAUGACCCAUGGAACCGAGUUUGGGGAUUUCCUUAAUGAAACUAGUUUGGGUCGCCUACACAGAAUCUGGCGACCAUCCAGGUCAUCUUAUGAUCUUUGCCUAACAGGAAAAGGUCAAUUUUUUGCUUUUCCGGGAGGUCAGCGAGCCUCACCAGCAGGGGAUCAAUGCGAUCCUAGAAUUGUAAAGUUCUAGAUGACCCCACAAGGGCAAUCUGGUCCAAUGCAGGAAUCUUUUGCCCUCUGUGGGGCUUGAACCCUGAAUUUAAGAGUCUCACACUCUGCCGAUGGAACUGUGCCAGCGGCCCUCCACUUCUCCCCUCUCUCCCCUCCCUGCCUACCUUGCAGGUCCGGCGUGUGGAGGAGGGCCAGGAGCUCUUCUUCGCCCUCAAGCGCCUGCGGAAGGACCACGUGGUGCAGAAGCGGCAGCAGGAGCACGUCCUCAUGGAGAAGAAGGUCCUCCGGCAGAGCCGCUGCCCCUUCAUCGUCAGGUGCUGGCGCCUUCCUCUUCCCACUCCCCGUCUCCAGUGGGGGGCAAGGGGGUCUGGGGCCCGGAGUCCACAGAGGGGGACGUCAGACGAUCCCUGCAGCGGCAGUGGCAGCCCAGCCUCCUGUUCUCGCAGUGGCCAAAUACCCCUAAGGGCCUCGGGAUCCAGGUAGACUGUCCCUGGAGCUGGAGGUUCCAUAGGAACACAGGAAGGGCCUGGCGGCUGGAUCAGGCCCAAGGAGGUCCUCCCGUCAAAUGACGUCAAGGAGAUGAAUAACUGCACGACUUUUAGGAGGCAGCCCUGUCUAGGGAAGCUUUUACUGUUGGGUCUUUUAUUGUGUUUUAUAUCUGCCGGUUCCUGGGGCAGCACUGGAAUUUUCACAGCUGAGUCCUCAACCCUUUAUUACUGUGCUUUGCUUUCUUCAAGUUGGGCUUUGUUUAAAACUUGCCAUUUAGGUUUCCAAACCUUUUUUGUAAAUUCAGUAUUUGUACUUUUGAGUCCUCAGUCCUUUAUUACUGCGUUUGCUUCACCUCGGUCGAGCUAGGAUUAUAAUACUUCAGAAUUUUGGGGGGUUCUACCCUUUUUUUGAAUUUUGUUCAUUUAAAGUUUAUGAUUUUUCUCUUUCCUUCUGAGGAAACUGAAUAGUUCAGUGAAACGAGGUUUGUAGCUGGCAUCCCGUUAAGGCUUUGUUCAAUUCUAAUUUUUUCCUUAAGCUUUUUGAUUUUUCUUAUUAUUUAGUUUAUUUCCACAAGAUAAUAUUUCUAGUCGAUUACUUCUCGUUUCAGGGAUUUUCACAGUAUUUCAUUUGUUUUGUGCAAUUUCUCAGACCCGUGACUGUCUUUUUUCUAUCGGUCUCCCCCCUGCAGGCUUUUUGCCACUUUCCGGGACAGCCGCCACGUCUACCUGCUGCUGGAGUUCUGCCAGGGGGGCGAGUUGUGGGCCAAGCUGCGCGAGGCGUAAGUGGGGGUAGAGGGAGGGGCGGGGAUGUGGGGCAGGCUAUGCCAACGGGCGGGUGGGGGCCAUAGCUGUCAAGCGUCCCUUAUUUGGUGGGACAGUCCCUUAUCCCAGCGCCGUGCCCCGCUGCUGUGCCUUACUGAUGAUGUCCCUUAAAUUUCCCGGGUUUUCAAGGAAGCAGCUCCUCUCCCUCCCUCCCUCCCUGCUGGCCAGGGAGGAGGGAGGCUCCAACUGGGUUGCUUGGCUGCGUUGCUCACCCAAUAAGGAGUCUAAGAACAACUGGGGGGUGGAGCUUGCGUGCCUUGUGCCGAUCAAAUCGGCCGCGUUGCCUGGGGACUCGCCUUUGCUCAGCGCUUCCCAGCGGAGAGGUGACUGUGGUUUUCCUUGCUGCAUCCCCUUUGCCGGGUUGCUGCGCUGUGGGAACCACCGCUUGAGGCUUCGUUUGGCUGCUGGCUGGGCUUUCUGCCUUUGGCUCAGAGGGGCUCAGAAGUUGAACAUACCUGUGUUCCGAAAAUCCCUUAUUUUGGCUGCUGAUCCCUUAUUUUCGAGGCUGCUGGUCCCUUAUUUUCAAAUCUGUAAGUUGACAGCUAUAGUGGGGGCUGAGAACCGGAAAGGAGGCUGCUUGGGGCAAAUCAUAGAAUGGAACCAUAGAAGGGCAGAGGGGGUCCUGGGCAGUAGCUCCACCUCCUGGCCACUAGAAGCCCCGCCCCCAGGGGAGAAGGCCACGCCCCCAAGCCCAAGCUGUCCCCAUUGGCAGGAGGGGCCCUGGGGGUGCAUUACAGUGCUGGAUUUAACCCUGGGAGUUUCUUGCAGGGGUCUGGGGAGGAGAGCAAAGGCAUCCUUGCAGGGAGUCCUGGUGGCCCCAAUAAUGGAGCUAACAGUUAUUAACCUCUCCUGAUUGUGGGAAUGUUCAGGGUGGCAGGAGAGGAUAGAUUGUUUAUGAAUAUCCUUCCUAACUUGCACUAGCAAGUUCCUUUACUUGGCAGAGUUUACAUUCCCCUUUUUACAUGCACAGCAGAUAGCUGGUUGCAGGCUCGUGUGAGCCUCUCACUAGUAUACAAUUCAGUCUGUCUCAGAUCAAAUUGUACGUUCCUGGUAAGUUCCCUUGAAUCCCUCUUAAAAGAAUAAAGACGCCACAAUCUUAUUCAUAAGCAAUAAAAAGAUAGUUUACUCAUGAGCAGGCAGAGCACAGUGUGAUCCCUGAAGGCAGCCUUUAAGCUUAAAGUUACAAACGUAUAAAAACAGAUUUACCCCAUAAGGGAGAUGAUCUGAGGGACUGCUUGGCUGGCAGCCAGCAGUUCAUCCGGCGAAAGGAAGGUGGAAAAGAGGGAGAGUGCUGUGUGACUUGUCCUUUUGUUACCUGGACAGGUUAGGUCACGCCCACCUUCUAUCAUAAUAAUAAUUAUAAUAAUUAUAAUUUAUUAUUUAUACCCCGCCCAUCUGGCUGGGUUUCCCCAGCCACUCUGGCGGCUUCCAACAGAAUAUUAAAAUACAAUAACCUAUUAAACAUUAAAAGCUUCCCUAAAGAGGCCUGCCAUCAGAUGUCUUCUAAAAGUCUGGUAGUUGUUGUUCUCUUUGACAUCUGGUGGGAGGGCAGGUGCCACCACCGAGAAGGCCCUCUGCCUGGUUCCCUGUAGCUUAGCUUCUCGCAAUGAGGGAACCGCCAGAAGGCCCUCAGUGCUGGACCUCAGUGUCUGGGCUGAAUGAUGGGGGUGGAGACGCUCCUUCAGAUAUACUGGACCGAGGCCAUUUAGGGCUUUCAAGGUCAGCACCAACAUGCAAAGGAAGGAUGCUCCAGCCAGGAGGAACAGGAAGUUUCGACUGGCUGGACCAAACAUUCCCUUGCAUGUCUUCUCUAGCAUUAUACAGAAUGUUGUACUUGGCUGCUCCCAGUGGAUUACAUCCCACACUGAUCAUGCCUGAUCCUAAGAACUGACCUUUCACUAUUGGAGAUCCUUUGCAUUUCCGGGGGUUGGCGUAGAUGACCUUUGGGUACCUCCCAUCUCCCCAAUUCUACGAGACUCUGAGUCCCUCCAGUUCAGUAUCUGCAGCAGCUUCACUCAGAGAACCUUUCCCAGCCCUGCCUGCAGCUGCUGGAGACCUUCUGCAUGCUAAAGCAGCUGCCCUGUCGCUGGCCUAUUCAGCUAAAGGCAAAGCAAGAUUCUAGUCCUCCUCGUUCUGAAUUAAAGGGUUGGUUUAAGCAGGAACAAGAAAGCUGCCUUACUUCCACCAAGCUCAGUAUUGCCUACACAGACUGGCAGCAGUGGCCUUCCUGGGAUCCCAGCCCUGCCCAGGGCCUCUGGGGACGGCGCCUGAGGCCAUCUGCAUGCCAAGCAGCUGUCUGCCUCUGAGCGUGGCUCCGCCUCCUCUCGCCCCUCCAGCCGCUGCUUCUCGGAGCCGGUGGCCGUCUUCUGCUCCGCCUGCGUGGUCGAGGCCCUGGACUACCUGCAUGCCCAGGGGGUCGUGUAUCGUGACCUGAAGCCAGAGAACUUGAUGCUGGAUGCCAGGGGCUACGUCAAGCUGGUAACGGAGGGGGGGGCAGGGGGGGCACAGAGGGGUUUCUGGACAGGCGGGCACCUCAGAACAAGCCCCCCUGACCUCUGAGGGUGGAGGGAUGGGCCAUUGGUGAUGGCAGAGGGGAGCACACUCUGCAUGUGCUCAGAGGUGCUUUUCGCCAGGCAAACGUUCCAUGUGAAAAAAUGAAGCUCUGCAGGAAGAAAAUGCCCUCUAGAUCAGUGACUCCCAAACUUUUUCGGGCCCCCACCCACUUGGCUCCAGUGCCCCCUGCAUUAGUUAAGAUUCUUGUAUUGCAAGGGGCUAGCUAGAGGAACCUUGGGGGUCCCUUUCAACUCUGUUUCAGAAUAGUGGGUUUGCAUGACCCAUUAAGGAAAAUAAGAGCACAGCGAAAUUCAAAACAGUAACCAUGAAUCCCACCUUUAUUCAAAAACCCAAUUAAAACCAUUUAGUUUAACUGAUUAUCUUGAUCCAGCGAUACCAGCUUUUGCCUGAUAGUCAUUUACACCUGCCGCAGCCCCCUGCCCCCUUUUCGGUCCCCACAGGUAACGCCACCACUCUCCACAGGGCAGAGCGCCCACUUGGGAAGUGCGGCAUUGAUGCCAGCAGGGAGAAAGGGCAGGGACAGAGAGGCUCAACUCGUUUGGCAAUGGAAGGGUGGAGGCAUUAGCCACAGUUAAUGGUCGCUGUGUCCUCCUUACCUGUGGGAACUGAUGAGGUCAAAUAUGGCAACUCCAUCCAUGUAUGCAAGGCUGACCUCACAGCUUACCAUUUUCUCACCUGCACCUGUGCGUGGGCACACCUGUUGGUUGAGGAUAAACCCUUCCUGCGUCUGGCCGAGUGGGCAGCUUCAGCUCCAAUAAAUUUGGUUUUGACAUUACCCAGUAACAGUGCAUCUCUCUGCACAUUUAUUUGGAAUAAGUCCAACCGUAUUCAAGUAAGAGGUCCGGCCGGUGACGGGGUGCGUGUCGGCAUAACUCUCUCUCUCUGCAUUAUUGGUGUCCCACUGGGGCCCCUCGCUGGCCACUGAGAGAGAGGAUCAUUGGCAUGAUCCAUUAGGACAACUACUGCGAUAGCAGAGCCUCCAGACUCAGGUGCAGUCUACCUCUGAAUACCAGACAGUGGGGGGCACAACGGGAGAGUGCUUGCGGGUUUCCCAUUGGGGCAUCUGGUCAGCAACCGUGAGAACAGGAUGCUGGACUCCUGGGCCUGAUCCAGCCGCUUUCUUCUUAACCCCCUGUUUCUCUACAGGUGGACUUUGGCUUUGCCAAGGCGCUGAGGCGGGGGGAGAAGACCUACUCCUUCUGCGGGACCCCCGAGUACCUGGCUCCCGAGAUCCUCCGUCACGAAGGGCACGACUUUGCCGUGGACUUUUGGACCCUGGGCGUGCUCAUCUUUGAGAUGCUUGUUGGGCGGUGAGACAUGGAGCCCCCCCCCCAUAUGCACAAGAUUAUGGGGGGGGGGGCUUGUGCUGUGUUCUCCUCACUUCCAGCAGCAGCUGUGGGGCGGGGCGGUGGGGAGAAAACACAGGAAGGACAAAGCAAUGGGUGCACCCUAAAGUUUGGGGGUGCCAGAGCUGCCAGCUGAGCCCAGCAGGGGAAGGGGCUGCAGUGCUGCAAAGGGGGGGCACCCCAGAUUGCCUCCAGGAAGGCCACAGCACCCUCUCGCUCAGCUCCUUCUAGUUGGUGCAGAGGGGUCUCUUGUGGUUUGGGGGAGGGAUGGGAGCUGGUUGCAAGGAAGGGGAAUGCUUUGGGGGUCAGGGAGUGGCUUUGGGGACCACAGAGGUGCUCAGCAUCACCUCCUGGCUUUUUGGUGGAUCAAUAUAUUCAGGGCUGACCCCCUCCCCCAUGGGGCAGGCUGAGGCAGCCACUGCAGGUGGGGAACCCCAAGAGGCAGCAACCCCAAGGGCAGCCCCACUGCGAUAACGGCUCCUGGCGAGAUACCACAGAAGUCUUGCUCGAUCUUGUGCGCUCCGCAGGAUCUUGCCAAAACCUCACAAGAUCUCCUUGAAAUCUUGUGAGAUCUCGCUAGAACCCACCCACUUCAGUUUUGACCAGGGGUCAGCAAACGUUUUCAGCAGGGGGCUGGUCCACUGUCCCUCAGACCUUUUUUUUUUUUUUAAAUGAUAUUUAUUAAAGUUUCACAAAAAUACAGAAAACAAAGAAAAAAGUAUAAAUUACAGCAAAAAAGCAAAAAGUAAGAAAAAACAUACAAAAUAAAACAGUUAAAAACACACUAAUGUUCCAUAACCUAUCUUCCUUACUCUUAUUUCCCCAGACCUCCUCAUACCUCCCUUCUUUGUAUUCCAAUUCAGUUUGUUGGUUCAGCAAAUCCUUACCAUUAAUCUUUUACCCAAUUGUUAACCUUUUUUUUCCCCAUGUCUCUUAAAGCAUUACAGCUAAAAACCUCUUAAUUUCUAUCCAGCAUCCUUCUAAAGUUCCUUAAUUUUACAAUAUUUCUGUAAAUAGUCCUUAAAUUUUUUCCAGUCUUCUUUCACCGACUCUUCUCCCUGGUCUCGGAUUCUGCCAGUCAUUUCCGCCAAUUCCAUGUAGUCAAUCACCUUCAUCUGCCAUUCUUCCAAAGUGGGUAGAUCUUGUGUCUUCCAAUACUUUGCGAUAAGUAUUCUUGCUGCUGUUGUAGCAUACAUGAAAAAGGUUCUGUCCUUCUUUGGCACCAGUUGGCCGACAAUGCCCAAGAGAAAGGCCUCUGGUUUCUUCAGAAAGGUAUAUUUAAAUACCUUUUUCAGUUCAUUAUAUAUCAUUUCCCAGAAAGCCUUAAUCUUUGGGCACGUCCACCAAAGGUGAAAGAAUGUACCUUCAGUUUCUUUACAUUUCCAACAUUUAUUAUCGGGCAAAUGAUAAAUUUUUGCAAGCUUGACUGGGGUCAUGUACCACCUGUAUAUCAUUUUCAUAAUAUUCUCUCUUAAGGCAUUACAUGCCGUAAACUUCAUACCUGUGGUCCAUAACUGUUCCCAGUCAGCGAACAUAAUAUUAUGUCCAACAUCUUGUGCCCAUUUAAUCAUAGCAGAUUUCACCGUUUCAUCCUGAGUAUUCCAUUUCAACAGCAAGUUAUACAUUCUUGACAAAUUUUUAGUUUUGGGUUCUAACAAUUCUGUUUCUAAUUUUGACUUUUCCACUUGGAAGCCUAUUUUCUUAUCCAAAUUAUAUGCCUCCAUUAUCUGAUAGUAGUGGAGCCAAUCUCUCACUUUAUUUUUUAAUUUUUCAAAACUCUGCAGUCUCAAUUUAUCUCCUUCUUGCUCCAAAAUUUCCCAAUAUGUCGGCCAUUUGGCCUCCAUAUUGAGCCUUUUCAGAGCUUUUGCUUCCAUUGGUGACAGCCACCUUGGGGUUUUAUUUUCCAAUAAGUCUUUGUAUCUUAUCCAGACAUUAAACAAUGCUUUCCUAACAGUAUGAUUUUUAAAUGCUUUGUGUGCUUUGACCUUAUCAUACCAUAAGUAUGCAUGCCAUCCAAAUACAUUGUUAAAACCUUCUAAAUCCAAAAUGUCUGUAUUUUCAAGAAGUAGCCAUUCUUUCAGCCAGCAGAAAGCUGCUGAUUCAUAAUAAAGUUUAAGGUCUGGCAGGGCAAAUCCACCUCUUUCCUUGGCGUCAGUUAAUAUCUUAAAUUUUAUUCUGGGCUUCUUGCCCUGCCAGACAAAUCUAGAAAUAUCUCUCUGCCACUUCUUGAAACAGUCCAUCUUAUCUACAAUUUGUAAUGUCUGAAACAAAAACAACAUUCUAGGCAAUACAUUCAUCUUUAUCACAGCAAUACGGCCCAGCAACGAGAGUUUCAAAUUUGACCAAAUUUGUAAAUCUUUUUCACUUCCGUCCAACAUUUUUCGUAAUUAUCUUUAAAUAAGUUCCCAUUUUUGGCUGUCAUAUUAAUCCCCAAGUAUUUCACUUUCUUUACCACAUUCAAUCCUGUCUCAUUCUGAAACCUCUCUCUUUCAAUCGGUGUUAAGUUUUUCUCUAAAACCUUAGUUUUUAACUUGUUCAAUUUAAAACCUGCCACCUGACCAAAUUCCUGAAUUAAUUCUAAAACUCUUUUAGUACUAGAUUCUGGCUCCUGUAACGUCAAUACUAGGUCAUCUGCAAAUGCUCUCAAUUUGUACUGUUUAGCUCCGACCUGUAUGCCCUUAACCAACCGGUCCUUUCUAAUCAUAUUUAGCAAAACCUCCAGGACCGAUAUAAAAAGCAGUGGGGAAAUUGGGCACCCCUGUCGUGUUCCUUUUUCUAUCUUAAAUUCUUCCGUAACCACAUUAUUUACAAUUAAUUUAGCCUUUUGUUCAGAGUAUAUUGCACCUAUACCAUUUUCAAAACCUUGGCCUACCCCCAUCCCAUGCAGAUUCUUCUUCAUAAAACUCCAAGAGAUAUUAUCAAAAGCUUUCUCCGCGUCAACAAAUAUCAAUACUGCUUUGGUGUUUAUAUUCACUUCUAAUUUUUCCAAAAUAUCAAUUAUAUUCCUCAAAUUAUCAGACAGGUGUCUUCCCGGGAGAAAGCCCGCUUGGUCUUUAUGAAUCUCUUUCAUCAAUAUUUUUUCAAUCUCUUGGCCAAAAUGUCUGCAAAAAUUUUGUAAUCCACAUUAAGUAACGAUAUAGGGCGAUAGUUCUUAAGCUGAGUCUUUUCAGUCUCUGUUUUCGGUAUAAGUGUGAUGUACGCCUCUUUCCACGAUUCUGGUGCCCUUUCCCCUCCAGUAUUUCAUUGCAGACUUCCUUCAAAGGUUGCAGUAACCACUCUUUCAAAGAUCUAUAGUAUCUGGAAGUCAGCCCAUCCGGUCCUGGAGAUUUGCCCAAUUGCAUAUUUUGUAUGGCACCUUCUACUUCCUGUUCAGAUAUUUUAUAGUUCAGCAUUAAUUUACUUUCUUGAGAGAUUUUUGUAGGCCAUUUGUCUUCAAAAAUUGGUCUAUGUCCAUUUCCUUCUGUGGCCCUUGUGUGUAUAAUUGUUUAAAGUACUUCUGGAAGCAAUUUCUAAUCUCAUUUGGAUUAUGUAUACUCUUUCCUUCCACUUCUAAAUUUAUAAUAGUAUUUAAUUUUGGUCUUUUUUCAUUUGCCAGGCCAACAGUUUUCCACAUUUAUUAGCUGAUUCAAAUGUUUUUUGUCUCAUUUGUUUGAUUUUCCAUUCUAUUUCCUGAUUCAUCAUUUCCAUAUAUUGUACUUGAUAUAAUUUUAUUUCUCUCAAAAUAUCCUGGGACUUUGGUUUUGCUCUCAACUUCUUCUCUCCUUCUUUUAUUUUUUCCAAAAUUUUAUCUUUCUUUUCAUUUUGACUUCUCUUCUUUAUUGCAUUCUGUUGUAUCAAAAACCCUCUCAUCACAGCUUUGCUUGCGUCCCAGAUUACUCUUUUUUCUACAUUGGUAUUCAUAUUUAUUUCAAAAUAGUCUCUCAAAGUCUUUUGGGCCUUUUUGUAAACUUCUUCAUCUCUAAAUAAGGUGUCAUUCAUCCUCCAUCUAAAGGAUCCGGUUGUUGUUUGUUUCAUCUCCAUCCUUACAGCAUUAUGGUCGGAACAAGUUUUUGGGCAGAUUUCUACCUUCUUUAUCUUUGGUGCCAUUCCUCUAGUUAUCCAUAUUUGGUCAAUUCUAGUCCAUGUCAUCUUGGCUUCAGAAAAAAGGUUCCUUCUCUUCCCAGGGGGUUCUUUACCCUCCAGAUGUCCACUAAGUCCAUAUUGUCUGUCAUCUCAAAAAAUGUUUUCGGUAGUCUACCAUCCUUGGUGACUACCUGUCUUUGAGCCUUGUCCAUAUUUGUAGAUACUACUCCAUUCAUGUCCCCCAUCAAAAUCAAAUUAUAGUCCAAAUGAUCCAAUAAAGUCUCAUGCAACUUUUUAUAGAAUUCAGAUUUCCCCUCGUUCGGUGCAUAAAUUCCCACGAUUAAGAAUUUCUCUCCUUGUAGUUGAAUUUCAAUUGCCAAAAAUCUUCCUUGAUCAUCUUUAAAGAUAAAUUUCGGUAAAAGUCUCUCCUUUGCAUAAAUCACGACUCCUCUUUUUUUAACUUUGUCAGAUGAGACAAACUCCUGUCCUAAUCUUUUAUUAAUCAAUAACUUCCUAUGUGCCCUUGUUAUAUGUGUCUCUUGUAGACACUGUCCCUCAGACCUUGUGGGGGGCUGGACUAUCUUUUUUGGGGGGAAAUAAGGAACGAGUUCCUAUGCCCCACAAAUAACCCAGAGAUGCAUUUUAAAUAAAAGGACACAUUCUACUUAUGUAAAAACACACUGAUUCCUGGACUGUCCGCAGGCUGGAUUUAGAAGGCGAUUGGGCUGGAUCCGGCCCCCAGGGCCUUAGUUUACCUACCCAUGGUUUUGACCAAAGCAGUGAAAUGGGGCAGACCAGCCCUGUACGUACACAGACAGGUAACCUAGAUAGGAAGAAAGGUGAAAAGGGGGAUUUGGAGAAUCUCCUUCUGAGAGCUGUGUUAACAAUGAGCUGAGAAAGUUUGCAAAGGACAAACUCUUGGCCUUGAGCUAGAGAGAGAGGAGUCACCCUGAUCUUCUCUCAGAACCAGGCACCCAGCUCUGGUCAGGCAGGCUUCCUUCUCUGGGAAGGUGACUAAAUUUCUCUGCAUGUGUGAAGCGCAGAGAAGGUGAGAGAAUGCCUGCCGGACUGUGACUUGGAGACCCCUGGACAGGGGUGGAGAAAGGGGGUGCGGUGGGGGCAGUCCGCCCUGGGUGUCCCCACUGAGGGGGCUGACAGAAUGCCGGGUGGAACUCACCGCAGCGCAGGCCACGCAUCUCUCCUGGGAGAGACGCAGUGGUUGUGGUGCUUGCAGGCUCCGCACUCCCCAAACGGUCCGCCCGCUGCCUCCCCCUUAGCUGUAGGGCAGCUGAGUGGAAGGGGGCAGGCAGACUCCUUGGAGGCCCCACGGAGCGUCCUGCACUGGCUUGCGCCGCCGCUGCCCCUGGACUCUGCUUUUAGGGGUUCCCAGAGGCUGCUGCCCAAGUAAAAGCCCCCUUAGAUUCUGCAACGGCGUCAUUGAUAGAAGAAAAUUCAUGACGGCUUCCCCUGUCUCCCCAACCCCAAGGCCCCCCUUCCACAGCGCUGAGCCUCAGAAGAUCUACAGCAAGAUCAUGGACGGCAUCUUCUCCUUCCCGGUGUUUGUGAGCGAGUCUGCCUGCUCCUUGGUGGCCAAGCUGUGCAGGUGUGUCUCCCCACUAGCUUCAGGGGGGCCUCCCCUCUUAGUACGUGGAAAGUGCAUGCGUCAUGUGCAAAGGAAUGAAGCUGAACCUCUUCUUCUUCUCCCCCCCCCCCCAGGCGCCGGCCAGGGCAGCGUCUAGGCAAUACCAGCAGCGGCAUCCGUGGCAUCCGUAAGCACAGGUGAGUCCACAGGGCAGAAGCUGCAGUGCCUGUCUCCGCCAGCAGGAGGCGCAGGAGAGGCCGAGGGUUUCUCUUCCCGCCUUUGGCCUUCCUGCACCUGGCGCCUUCCAGCUGUUUUGAACUACAACUCCCAUCAGCCCCAGCCAGCACCAGGGCGAGGGGCGGGGACAUAGGAAGCUGUGAUUAUUGAUAUGGCACAUUUGGAAGCCAUAGGAUGACUCAAAACUGACUGUUUUUGAAAUAAAAAUUGGGUGGAAAAUAUGGUUCAAAAGCUUUACUAACAGAACUCGCAGCAAAACAAACUUAAAUUGAUAACGUUACAUCCGGAUAGUUGCAUAAUAUCGUGUGCUGAUCCUAGCACAGAUAGAACAUCUUAGAAAUAUGAAUUGUCUUCCUCCAGAGCUGAAAUCAAAGCUCCGCCUCUCCAAACCCAGUCUGCAUUAGCCAGAGGCUGUGUCCCUAAACAGAGAGGAUCCUUAGCUGCUUUCAGAACGAAGACCAACACACCCAAAAGGGAGACUUGUAACUGAAUGCUGUCAUGUGACCUAAGUUAAACACCUCCUGAGAGCUAGCAGAGAUGCAUUCUCACCUAAACUCUUGAGAGGUUUAGUUCAGCUCCAUGGAACUUUCCAUACCAUGCUAUACUUUUAGCAGUACAGUGGUACCUUGGUUCUCAAACUUAAUCCAUUCCGGGAGUCUGUUCGACUCCCGAAACCGUUCGAAAACCAAGGCGCGGCUUCCGAUUGGCUGCAGGAACUUCCUGCACUCAAUCGGAAGCCGCAGAAGCCACGUCGGACGUUUGGCUUUUGAAAAACGUUUGCAAACCGGAACACUCACUUCCGGGUUUGCGGCGUUCGGGAGCCGAUUUGUUCAGGAGCCAAGCCGUUCAACUACCAAGGUACCACCAUACACAUACAGAGUUAUUUUUCCAUUUCAAUUAACAAUUAAACAAUUACAGUCAUACCUCGGGUUACAGGUGCUUCGGGUUGAGUUUUUUGGGGUUACGGACCCGCCGAAACCUGGAAGUACUGGGACGGGUUACUUCCGGGUUUUGGCGGUCGUGCAUGCGCAGAAGCGCUAAGUCGUGCUUUGCGCAUGUGCAGAAGUGCCUAAUCUCAACCCGCACGUGCACAGACGCGCCGCUGCAGGUUGCGAACGCUGUGGGUUGUGAAUGUGCACCCCGCACGGAUCACGUUUGCAACCCGAGCGUCCACUGUAUACUUAACAGACCAUUGGUCCAGUUUUGACUAUGUGUUUUUAAAAAAAAUAAUAUUUAUUAAAAGUUUAAGAAUUAAAGAAAAAAGUACAAAAAAGAGAGAAAAAGAGAGAAAAUAAACAAUACAAAUCAAUACAUUACAAUACAUAUAAAAAAGCAAAAGACACAAUACAUCAAAACAAAAACAAAAGCAAAAACAGUUAAAAGCACAUCCAAUAUUUCCAUAUCUUUAUCUUUCAUUAACUUGUUUCAUCGACCUCCUCACACCUCCCUUUUUGUGUUCUAGUUAUUAAUUAUUUCAGCAAAUCCUUUCCAUCUUUCACUGUUUUCUGUCAUUUAAUUAUCUUAAUUUGUUUUAACCUUAUCUUACCAUUAAAACCCUAAAAUUUAUUUAUACUUAACUCCUUAUAACAUUUCUACUAAAGCCAUAUAAUUUAAUGCCGACAUUUUUCUAACGCUCAUUAAUUUUGCAACAUUUCUCUAAAUAAAUUUUUUAAAACUUUUUUUCCAAUCUUCUUCCACCGUCUCUUCUCCCUGGUCUCGGAUUCUGUAAGUCCUUUCUAUCCAUACCAUAUAGUCCAUCAACCUGGUGACCUUCUGUCCAAGGCUCUUAACUCUCUUCCAUGUCCCUUCUGCAGAUCUUCUUCAUAUUUAUACAUGCACUUUACUUUAUCUUCUGCUGAUCUUGUUCUUAAUUUCCUUUCUUUGGCACUGAGGAGUAGAUCUCGGGGAAACUCCAACCUAGCAGUGUCUUUAUUCCUUCUUGAUGGGUCAGCCCAUUCUCCAUAGUCAAAACUAAAGUCCCAAAGAUAUUUCAGAGCGCCACUCUCCCCCUGACCCAAAUCCAGAUCCCAAAGGCCAGAGCAUCCCUGCACUGGAGGAUCUAUCCAACUUUCCUUCUCCAAUCCAAGCAGGGCUCCAUCCCACCAAAUCUGGCUUUCUCUAGAUUCGAUCAUAAAGGGCAACGGCUUAUGAUCAUCAAAUUGCUUCUGUGAGGCCGGGGCUCUUUCCACUUGAAUUUCUUGAGGUUCAACAACAACUUUCUCCUUCGUCUUCUCCACAGCUUGCCAUGUCAAAACAGAUUCCUGGGUCAAUUCCUGAGUAAUUUCUGUAUAGAUAUUCCCUUUUUGUCCCAACUCAGUCAUUUUUUGUCCCAAAUUGUCAAUUUUAUUAAUCCACAUAUCCGUCUUCUCAUGAAGCUGUUCCAAUAAAGCACUUGUCUUGCAAAAUGCAAUCACUAAGGGUUCUUCUGUCAACAUUCUUGUCCAAGGUCAGACUCUGAUUCUCACGCUCUUUAAUCUCUGCAGCUGGAAAAUUCCCCAGCUCCACUCCUGCAACAGUUUCAAAAGCUCCCUCUAGGGGAAACAAUUUCUAUUUGUAUCCAUCAAACGCAGAUCCAGUGACAGAAUUAGUUAUUUUCAGUUACUUUUUUUGCUCCUUUUAAGUGCAAAAGGAAACAAUGAAAACAAUAUAUUUCUCUUAUUUAACUAUCUGUCAACAUACGUUUUAUUCACAAUCAAUGAACUUUCCCAAAACAUCAAUCUUACUGGCAGCCCGUUCCCAGGUUCGAAACGGUGGUGAUUUAACUUUCUUCACUCUCUCUCCUGCAGGCUUAAACGAUCUAGAAUUUCCCCCCUCUUCUCCUGCUUCCAAGGGGGGUUUAGUAAUUUUAGCCGAUGGAGAUUUAAUCCUUUACAAAAGACUUUCCAGACUUUAGCUUGCAACGUCUUUGCUUUGAUCUAUUUACAAAAGAGGAAGGCGGACUUCCUGUUUGAAACCUUCCCGUUUCAAUGCCAAAUUAAGAUGUUUAGAGAUCCAAUUUUCCGUUCUACUCACGGGUAGUUGUUUAAAGUCCAAUUGUCCACAGGAAAAGGUCAGCGCUCUCCGCAAACAGCAGUGCGGCUUCACUCCGUGAAAAAAGCAGUCGAUUCGAAGCACCGCGCCACUCACCCCACGUCGCUCCGGAUCCCCGAGACCGGUUUCCCCGCGAGUAGGGGAGGCGUGAAAGGUGCCAGCCGAGUCCCAUGUCCACAGGCUUCUCCCGCCUGUGGUUUUUAAUGGUUCUCCGCCUCGCCGUGGCGGUCCAGACCCUAGUUUCCACAGAGCAGAUUCCUCCCGAUCAGAGGAAAUCCGCCAUUGCUGGAGGCGCUAACCCGGAAGUCCCAGUUUUGAUUGUGUUGGGUGAUGAAGGAUUUUCAUUGCUCUGUCCUGAAUCUUCCAACCCACUGACCCUUGCCUUGCCUUCCCUCCGCAGGUGGUUCAGCUCCCUCUCCUGGAAAAAGCUGGCGCUGCGUCAGAUCGAGGCCCCCACCACUGUUCUGCUCAAGCAGGUAUUGGGUGGGAGCGAGGGGCUCAUUUGGGGCAGCAAGGACUCCCCUCCAGCUGCCGUCCACCCUGACGACUGCCUACUUUCCCCUCCUCCUCCUCCAGGGCUCCCCCUAUGUCAACUUCAAGCGCUUCUCAGUCUCCCGGCAGCAGCAGCCCGAAGAGGAGUUUUCUGGCUGGGACGAAGACUUCUAA